AUAAGAGCACGUGGGUAUACUGCUUACUUAUGGAUAUGAAGUGUCCCUGGAAUGGGUGGUAAUUUGAACAUGCCAGUCAGAAUAUUGGAUUCUUUCAUCUGUUAGGCUGGAAGUUGUCACGGGUUUUCUGGUUUCAGACGUUCGCAAAGCCACCGCCUUUUGGGGUUAUUGGCGUUGAAACGAAUGACCGAUGCGAAUCUAUAUGGUGUAGUUUCAAUAUUCUGGUAUUAUUAUAAAAAGUAUAUAAGCACAUAAUGGGAUUUAAGUUACAAAAUGGAUAUAUGCUCUUGCAAACAUGUAGGUUUUACAAACAUUAAAACAUCCAUAUGCAAUAACUGUAAACAAGUUAUAUAUCGGGUAUCGAUCUGCAGCUGUCUGCAUUUUGCGUUUAUAUUUCCGGAGAAAGCGUGUUAUAUCAUAUAAAAUCGAACUGUUUUGUUGUGUUCAUUAGGAAGUUAUACUUUAGAAAUGGCAGAAGCAGCUUUUAGGGACCUCUGUCUUCUGGUUUCUUGGCGGACCACACUACGUACUGGAUGGAUGACACCACGUGAACGAAAUGUAUUGUAUUUUUACAAACAUGAAAUUCGAAGCAGUAUAAAUCCUGCAGAUGUUGCUUUAAAGCUGUACAGGUACGGUGUUUUAACAGGGUCUUCAUACUCAAAAAUAACGGAUAUACUUGCAACAGGCAUUGCAAAGGAGCGGGUAUCUGAUUAUUUAUUAGAAAACAUUCCUUACUAUAUGAGUUUAGAAUAUUUUGUGAGAGUACUUCACGAAUGUGGUUAUAAAGAGUUAGCGUGUCAUUUAUUUCUGACAUAUAUUUCUGGAAGCUUCAGAUCUAUUCCUAGGUCAACAUCCGGUCAAAGGCAAGUAGUUCGUGAAUUGUUCAGGAACCUGAAACAUAUGGUCCAUGACGCCCAAUUUGAAAAUUCCAGAUCGGCACUCAGGCAGCUGGCUAAUAGAUUCAUUGGCCAGAUGCAAAGGGAAACAAAUCACAUGAGACAACAGCUUCUAGCAGACAAAUGUGUAGCAAUCAUUGCGGCAGAAAUUGACGCAAUGUCUAUAAAAUUCGACGAAAACAGAAUUCAUGAAGAUGAUGUUUUUAUGCAGAUGAAAGAACUUGUUGCUAAAACAAGCAAUACAUCUUUAUCAGAUAUUGUUUAUUUAAGCCGUUUAGCUUACACACACUCAAUUGCUGGGAAUUUCCGUAAAAGCGAGGACAUUUUACUUGAAGCAAGAUGCAAGGCAAAAUACAUCUGUCCUUGCUUAGAACUUGUUAAUAUGUUUUACAUAGAGGUUUAUUGUAAGCUUUGGGAAUUUGAAAAAAAUCCAUCAGAGGGAUUACAAAAGCAACUUAUGAUGUGGGGUAGAGUCGGGCUUCCAAUCCUUGAAAAUGAAGACGAAGAUACGAAAACUCUAUGGAGGCGUAUGUUUAUAUUACGAAUGGUAUUUUGUCUUAUUGGACUGGGAAAUAGGGCAAAUGUCAUCGAAAGUUGUGUUGUUGACACAGAACGCCUGAUAGAAGCACAAUUCUCUUCUAAGCCUUAUUGACUGCACCGGGAGCAGUGUUUGAAACAAGGAUAAAGAUGUUUUUCUGCACCGCAAGGGCAAGAUUGAGCGACCUUAGUGAUAACAUAAACGAAUGUAUUGACGAUAUUACAGAAGCGAGAAAGUUGGCGAAUGAGGGAAAUUUUGAAGAAUUGAAAUUCAUUGUAGAAUACCAUGAACAAAUCAUCAAUCGAGUUUCAAAUGAUAAGAGUCACAAUUUACUCCUCCUGAAAUCUUUAGAAUAACACCAAAAUACUCGUCUAAAUGACAACGCCAUAGAUGAACAAUU